CGCCUUUUGGCCCAGCUCAGCCGCCGUGACAGGCCUUUGCGCAUGUGCGGAGUGAAACCUCAAGAAGGUCAAGAUGGCGGCGGCCAGGGCGGGGGUUCUGGGAGUCCGAUGGCUGCAAAGGGCAGGCCGGACCGUGGUACCGCUGGGUGCACGGACAGCCUCCCACAUCACCAAGGACAUGCUCCCGGGGCCCUACCCCAGGACCCCAGAAGAGCGGGCCGCCGCCGCCAAGAAGUAUAACCUGCGGGUGGAAGACUACGAGCCGUACCCGGAUGAUGGCAUGGGGUAUGGCGACUACCCAAAGCUCCCUGACCGCUCACAGCAUGAGAGGGAUCCAUGGUAUGACUGGGACCACUCAGACCUGCGAUUGAACUGGGGUGAACCGCUUCACUGGGACCUAGAUAUGUAUAUCAGGAACCGUGUGGACACGUCCCCCACACCUGUUUCUUGGGAUGUCAUGUGUAAGCACCUCUUCGGCUUCGUGGCCUUCAUGCUGUUCAUGUUUUGGGUGGGGGAGACUUAUCCCUCCUACCAGCCAGUGGGGCCAAAGCAGUAUCCUUACAAUAACCUGUACCUGGAACGUGGCGGUGAUCCCACCAAAGAGCCUGAGCCUGUGGUUCACUACGAAAUCUGAGGAGGCUUCAUGGGCUUCGUGCCCACUAACUGACUUCCUCAUUCCUAGAGAUUUAACCUUAAUGAAAUCCCUGAUUAAACAGUCCUGUGGUA